AUGAGUCAGGAGAAAAAGAAACAAGGCAUAAUAGAGAAUAAUUCUGGUGAAGAGAAGGUUACUAAAGGCUUAGCAGAGAAAGAAGUGGUACCACCAGUGAGCAUUGAGCAUGAUAUAAAGAUUCUGUAUGCACAGAGACUCCCAUUGGAACAAAUCCCUAGAUAUGUAAAGUUUAUGAAGGAGAUCCGGUCUAACAAGAGGAAGAUGGGAGAUUAUGAAACUGUAGCAUUGAAUGAAGAGUGUAGUGCUAUUUUACAAAGAAUGCUCCCACAAAAGUUAAGAGAUCCUGGUAGUUUUACUAUACCAUGCACCAUUUGGGAUUUUGAAUGCAAGCUUGCAUUGUGUGAUCUGGGGGCAAGUAUAAAUUUGAUGCUAUUGUCAGUAUUUCGCAGACUUGGAUUGGGAGAAGCGAGGCCCACGAUCGUGACAUUACAGUUGGCAGAUAGACCAGUCAAACACCCAAGAGGUAUUAUAGAAGAUGUGAUGGUAAAGGUGGAUAAUUUUAUCUUUCUGAAAGAUUUUAUUGUUUUUAAUGUGGGGGAGGAUGAGAAUGUCCCAAUUAUUCAGGGGAGACCAUUUUUAGCAACUGGGCCAGCUUUAAUAAAAGUGCAAAAAGGACAAUUACGGUUGAGAGUGCAAGGUGAUGAAGUAGUACUCAACAUGGAGCAGAAUCUAGUAAAAGAUCUGCUUGUGCUGAGUCUUACAAUCGAUGACAUAGAUGAAGAGGAUUAUGAGGAGGGAGUGAGUUAUUUGAAUUGGAUACAAUCGUAUAGACCGUUGAGAGAGAAGAGGUUUGAAGAAAUUGGUCAAGGGCCUGAGAGACCACUACCAUCCAUUGAGAACCCUCUUGUUCUAGAAUUAAAGGCUUUGCCAAAGCAUUUAUGCAAUGCAUAUCGUGGAGCAAAGGAAACCCUUCCAGUUAUAGUAUCUACAUUUCUUACUGAGGUAGAGGUAGAAAAGUUAUUGAAGGGUAUUAAGAGUUCAUAA